AUGGAGCUUCGCUCUCGAGGAAGACCGGGUCGUCCCCCUCCGCUGGUGCGGAGGCGACGACGACGACGACAACGAAGCGGAGCCAGGGUCACCGAGAGACGCUCCGGGCCGCCGCCGCCACCACCAGCAGCGGCAGCGGCCAGUCACGGCGGGCUGCACGACCACGGCCCGCGCGCCCGCGGCGCUGCACGCCUGCCACGAGUCCCGGCGCGAGGCGCUGCGGCGCUACCGGCCGUCGUUCGGCGCGGCCUCGCUCCCGGCCGCGUCCUGUUCGACCCGGAGCGCGACCUGCCCUUCCUCGGCGCCCGCGACGGCUACAUGGCCUCGGACGGCCAGCUCCGCACCGUGCUCUCGCUCACCCCGCCCGCCGAGCUGCGCCUGAUCCGCCGCCUGGCCCUCAGCGAGGCCCUGCUCUGGGUCGACGCCGCCGCCGCCGCCGCUUCAGCCACUGCCGCCGCUACUAUCCCGGGGGUUGUUGUUGCAGCAGCACCGGGGUCCCGCCGCGACCCGCCCCUGGGCCACGCCGCCUGCUCGGCCCGCGAGCUCCUCGGCCUCGUGCGCGCCCGCCUGCCCGCCUGUCGGGAGCUCGUCUUUGUCCCGCACGACGGGAACCCCGUCAUCAUCCCCGCCGCCCCCGCGACGCCGGUGCUCGAGCCUGCCGCCGCCGCCACCGCCGCACCCCGCCGCCGGCUGCUGGAGGCGCAGCUGCGCGCCGCCCUCGACGACGUGCGCGCCGCGUUCCCGACCUGGGACCCGCCCCGGAUCAGCGUCAUGUCUCUGCCCGCCGCCGCCGCCGCCUCCGCGCCUGCGGGCCGGGGGUGCGGAGAGGAGGAGGAGGAGGAGGAGGAGAGGAACGGCCGCCGCCGCAAGAGGCGCAAGACGCACCACCGCCACCACCACCACCACCACGAGUGCGUCGUCCCGCGCACGAGGCACCACCCGUCGCAGCCGCUCCAGCAACUCCCGGCGGGGUGCGGCCACGCCCGCCUGAGCAGGAUCGACAUGAUACACCGGUCCGCCGUCAGCAAGUUCCUGGAGCUCAGGGAGGCGGCCGCGUUUUUGCGCAUGACGCAGGAAGCCUGCUGACCAAAACAAGAUACAAGAGAGAGAGGGGGGGGAUAUCGUCAAAUUCACAACAAUCUGGCUUUUCCCAUAACAUGAUUUUACUCCGCAAAACGACAAAGAGCUGGGAUAACACAGCCCUGGGUAGUCCAAAGACAUGCGCCAUCUCUGCAUAAGCUGCCC